AUGCGGCUCUUGUCUUCCAUCUGUCUUCUCCUCCUGCCGCUGCUGAGCACUGUGCUGGCUAAAAGCGCCGUGGGAGACCGAGUGCUGGUCGUUCUGGAAGACGAUUCGCAAAAGGGACUCUACUCGCAAUUCUGGGCUGAUCUGGAAGGGCGUGACUUUAAACUGUUCUUUCAGUCUCCCAGAAAUGAAGACCUCUCCCUCUUCAGACAUGGCCAGCUGGCCUAUGAACAUGUACUCCUCACACCCCCGAAGUCGAAAGGUUACGGUCCGGCCUUGACGCCCAAGAUACUGCUUGACUAUGUUAACGCAGGUGGAAAUGUCUUGCUUGGUCUGUCGUCCGACAUGAGCACCCCUUCCGCUAUCUCCUCCCUCCUCCUCGAGUUUGACAUCGCUUUAUCUCCGGACAAAUCGUCUGUUGUGGUCGACCAUUUCAACUACGACACUGUCUCUGCGGCCGAGAAGCACGACGUCCUCCUGGUCGAUCGCCCGAAGCAGUUGAGGCCGGAUGUUGUCAACUUCUUUGGUGGUGAUGGCACCCUAGCCGUGCCCAAAGCAGUCGGGCAGACCUUGGGGAACACCAGUCCUCUCCUGGCGCCGAUUCUGAAGGCACCAGUCACGGCAUAUGCAUAUAACCCAAAAGAGGAGGGCGAGAGCGUGGAAGAGCCCUUCGCUACCGGCUCGCAGUUGGCGCUGGUGACGGCCAUGCAAGCCCGCAAUUCUGCAAGAUUCACAGUCCUUGGCUCGCUGGAGAUGCUUCAAGACAAAUGGUUUGAUGCGUCCGUGAAAUUUCCGAGUGGAAAGACUGCAAAGACUGCCAACAAAGAAUUUGCGAGGCAAUUGACCGAGUGGACCUUCCAGGAGGUCGGCGUCCUCAAGGUCUUCCAUAUCCAACAUUACGAGAUCAAGGCUCCAAUCAAGGCUGGUGAGAACACGACGCAGAUCAGCGAGUACGAUCCGGCCAUCUAUCGAAUCAAAAAUGACGUGAAAUUCUCCAUCGAAAUCGGCCAGUACGACCGCACACACUACAUUCCCUUCACUGUUCCAACCGACGACGCUCUCCAGCUCGAGUUCACCAUGCUCUCCCCCUUCCACCGCAUCCCUCUCCAUCCAUCCUCUGUAACGCCUAACAGCACCAUCUUCAGUACGACAUUUACGACUCCGGACCAACACGGCAUCUUCGCGUUCAAGGUGAACUACAAGCGACCCUUCCUCACCUACAUCGAGGAGAAGAGACAGGUCACCGUGAGACACUUUGCCCACGACGAGUGGCCUCGGAGUUGGGCGAUUAGUGGUGCGUGGCCGUGGAUCGGGGGCUUGUGGAGCGUGAUCGUGGGUUUCGUGGCCUUUGUUCUGGUGUGGUUGUACUGCGAGCCACCAAAGGAGGAAGCCGAGCGGCGGAGGAAGUUGAGUGUGAGCAGCCCGAGGUGA